AAAUCACCUUUAAACUUAAUAUUCCUGGACGUAGUUAAUUAAGAUUCCUCCGCCGCUGUCUCCUCUUUCUUUCAAUCUCAUCCUCUUAUCAUGGGGGUCGAUGCAAGCGGCAGCCGGACGGUCGGCGAUAGUACUCACAUGCCCUCGCUGAUCGCAACCCGCCUGUUGGUUGCUUCGCCUGGUUAUCAUGUUUCCCACCUUAAUUUCCCAUUUCGCUGGCUUAUUUUAUGGCAAUUUGUCCACGAUUUCCUGAAUGGACAGAGCAAAUGACAAUAAAUGGAUGAACUACCUAAGCUUUGUCUUUCUCACCUACAACUCCGGCGCCGCCGUCUACCGCUCGAUGCACGACUUCUCCUCCGUCGCCUUCAUCACGACCUCCUACCUCGACUUGCUCCUGCUCUUUUGGUGCUUGCGCAAGUUCGAGACCUCGGCAGAGGAAAACAGAGGAUGGCUUAGAGCGGCGGUGUGGGUUCUGGCGACGCUGCUCACCGUCAUGUUCUCCGGCAAGGUGGCCGCCGUCAUGCCGUGGCCGGUGUCACUGGUCGUAUACGGUAUGGCGGCCGUGACGGCAGUCGGUGGCUUCUGGGCUUUCUUUAUUAAGCCACAGCCCGUGCGUGAUAAUUAGAAGGGUGAUAAUUAUAUCUAGUCUUUAUUCACAGCCUUAUAUUAAGUUUAAAAUGUUUCGGAUCAAAAUUCGAAUUUACUAAGUUUGGGGGAACCUAUGAAAUAAUAUCAUCAAUAAAUAAUAUAUAUUAUACUACUGUUUAA